AUGUUUGCCAUGUCUCUGCCUUCGAGACCAAGAAUGAGUGAAGUGUCUCAGCUGCCAGUUCUGGUCCAGGAAGCGUAUCUCUGCACCGUAGCCAGUGGCACCCGUGCCUUCUCGCAGAUACCACCCAUUUCUAGAGGGCAUCAGCAGAUACAAGCAAAAACCGCUGCUCGAAUCUUCAUGUCCAAAGCUUUUCGAUCUGACGCUUCCUCUGCGAUAUUGAGAUUGGACUCAUGGCAAGGGAGAGAGUGCGCCCGCGCAGUGGAUUACUUACGUAAUACUGCCUUGCCGGCGACUGUUCUGUCUAUUCUAUGGUCUAAAAUACAGUGUGAAAAUCCUUCAUUUGCCAAGAAGUCAUGUGAUAGUCAUGUGACUGAGCUGACGCACCGAAGUCUAGGAGUUCGACACCAAUCUGCCCCGGGUUGUUUCAUACGAGUGUGUUAUCUUUUUAUGAAGUGUCUCGGUGUCGGUUCUUCACCCCGCCGUCCAGGAGUUAGUUUUUCAGCGUCACAGCAAUGUUCAAAUAACCCGAAAACAAGUGCUGGGACUGACCGAAUCGGGCGAAACGAGAACGAGGAGAACGCGGGGAAAUCACUGAAGCCAGGGUUUCGAUGCCUCAGGCAGGGCUUGGCGCUUGGCGUUGGGCCAACUCUCCUGCCUUCCUCCCUCUCCUUCUAG